AUGGCUGUCCCUAGUCCUGAGAUUAAAGCAGAGCUUUCUGAAACCAUCCAAGCAUUCCUCUUGGAUAUUGGCUAUAGGCUUCCUUGUUUGAAACUAUAUCCUGCAGUUGAAGAUGAAGUGAAGCUACACUUCAGGAAUGACGGACUCUCGGAUGAAUUCGUUAUGAAUAUCGAGCCACAGGUCACGCCCAGCGUGGGAAUCGCAACCGCGACUUUCCAAACAGCCCCCUUCAAUAUACAAUGCGCAGUGGCAAUAUUCACUACCUAUUGUCUCAUCAUUGAUGAUUUUGCCCAUGACCUCGAGUUCAAGCAUCACCUAAAGCGAUUCAAUAUCUGCCUACUAAGCCGACAGCCCCAAGGAACCCCAGUUCUUGAGAGCAUGGGCGAGUUUUUGAGUUCCUUUCAUUCUAUCUUCGGUCAAUUUUCCGGCGAUAUGAUCAUCAAGGACGCUCUGCAAUUCAUCAGUGCGUGCUACGCAGAAUCAGAGAGCGAGAACGUUAAAUUCCCCGCAGAAGCACAUCUGUUCCCUAGCUACUUUCGCCUGAAACUUGGCGUGGCCGAAGCUUACUCAUUUAUGUUGUUCCCAACCGCACAAUUCUCAUAA